AUGGAUCUCGAAAAGAAACCCUCCACAGCUGAGCAGGCUGAAAAAGUCACCAAUGACAAAGAGCUAGCUCAAAUCGGCAAUCAAGAAGAGCACAGUAUUGGGAAGCGUGAGUCUUUCCGCCGCUAUCCUAAGGCGUGUGCCUGGGCACUCUUUGCUAUCUGGUAUGUUUUGCUCGUCAGCUUCGAGAACCAGGCAUCUGGCAAUAUCCUCGGUAUUCCGCGUUUCCGGGAAGAUUUCGGAUAUCUUCAUGAUGGGAAAUAUGUUCUACAUGCAAACUGGCAGUCAGCUUUCAGCGGUGCCCCCAUGGCAUCUGCCAUCAUCGGUUGUUUGGGUGGAGGAUACCUUGCCGACAAAUUCGGGCGAAAGCCGGUCCUUAUCAGCACACUUGUUGUGAGCUAUGCUGCCAUUACCAUGGAAUUUGUUGCAACGACCAAUGAACUUUUUUUCGGCGGCAAGUUCCUCAACGGAUUUGGCACCGGUUGUAUUGCGACCGUGUGCGUGAGUUACAUUGGAGAAAUUGCCCCAUUGGCCUUCCGAGGCAUUUUCACCUGCUUGGUCGGCUUUUCCUAUACCCUCGGACCCCUUGUCUCGGCCUUGAUCGUGAAGUAUACUGGCACUCUGCCCGACCGAUGGGCCUACCGCUCCGUGUUCUGUGCCCAGUUUGGGUUCGCCGCUGUUGCCACUCCCUUUGUGCUCACCAUGCCCGAGUCUCCCUGGUGGCUAAUGUCCAAAGAUCGCGCUGAGGCAGCCCUUCAUAGCCUCAACCGACUUGGUUACCGCGAAGGGGAAGGACAUGUUCGAUUGUCGGUCAUUCAGCAGACGCUGGAGAAGAUCAAGGCCGAAACCGAGGGUGUCACGUAUCUGGAAUGCUUCCGAGCCACCAAUCUGCGCCGAACUUGCAUUAGCGUUGCGCCAAAGUGCAUGCAGGCUUUCUCCGGUAUCACGUUUGCCGCCAGCUAUGCAACCUACUACAUGCAGCUUGCAGGCUAUAGCACCGAGAAGAGUUUCACGCUCCAGAUUAUUCAGCAGGUUGUCUCAAUGAUCGGCAGCGUCAUGUCCUGGUAUCUUGUUGACCGAAUCGGACGGCGAAAUCUGACGUUUUACGGACUUCUUAGCUUGACUGUCAUUCUGUUGGUGAUGGGAGGCUGUGCUACUGCCACCACGAACCCGAUGGCAAUUGAAGCGACAGUUGCAUUCAUACUGCUUUAUUGCUGGAUGUACAACGUGUCCAUCGGUGCCGUCGCAUUUACGGUUCUUGCAGAGGUAUCGACUUCACGACUCCGUGCCAAGACGGUUGGUAUUGGUUUGGCUGUUGUCAAUGGCCUCAACAUGAUGUGGAGUUUUGUGCUCCCAUACCUCUUCAACCCUGAUAAGGCGAAUCUUGGAGCCAAGGUUGCUUUUAUUUUCGGCGGAUGCAGCGUUCUAUCUCUGGUCUAUUUGUGGUUUGAGCUUCCAGAGACAGCAGGUCGAACUUAUGAGGAGUUGGACGAAAUGUUUAUGAAGAAGAUACCGGCUCGGCAGUUUAAGGCCUAUAAGACGGAGACCGAGCAUAGUCAAGAUAUUAAGGAAAUCGACUAA